AUGACCCCAAGCCAACCAUCUUCCUCAGCCCUCGUACUGGCAACGCCCGGGCAAACAUUGCAGGACGCAAUCAAUGAUUUCCAAGGCAUUCUUACCGUUGACCAGCGUCGCGAGCUCCAAGCCAUCAAAACAGUACCGGACGCCGAUGCGGUCCUUGUGUUCACAGCUGAGCUUGACGCCAAGACUAGCAAGAGGAGGGGCCCCAGUCUUGCCAGCCGGGUCUAUUCGGUCCUUCAGUCGGUUCGAGACUUCUCUACCAUCGUCGACACCUACGUUUCGUCACAUCCAGAGAUCGCUGCUCUCGUGUGGGGAAGCGUGAGGCUGACAAUGCUUGUCGUCUCCAAUUUCGUUUCCUACUACGAUGCCGUUUCCGAUCUUUUUAUGGACCUCGGUCGCCUCUGUCCACGAUUCGCAGAAUACCAGAUACUGUAUCCAAACUCGGCGCGCCUUCAGAAAUCGCUCAGUAACUUCCAUGCGUCCAUUGUCAAUUGCUGUAAGCACGUGGUCGAGGCUGCCCGACGUCCGUGGUCAACGAAGCUCCUUAAAGCUCUCUGGGAGUCAUUUGAGCAGGAAUUCAAGCCUGAUGUGGCCGCGAUACAAAGACUCAGUAAAGAUGUUCGAGAUGAGCUGGGUCUGGCCAAGGCACAGGCUGAUCGUCAAGACCAAAAACUCCAGGACAUUGAAAGGAAAGAAUCAGCCGGUAGUAGAUGGGAGCUGAAUAAGUUCUUCAAACGGGCGGAUGAUAAACUCGACAAACUCUCGGGGCAUUUACAACGGGAUGAGCGACGAGCGAGGAAAAGGAGACAAGAGUUGCUUGACUCACUCUCAACACAUGAUUAUCUCACACCACUCAAACUAAGCCGCCGGAAACGACAUAGUGAGACGGGGAAGUGGCUAUUCCAGACACCGGAAUUUGAUCGAUGGAUCAAUGGCACCGGCUCUCCCAUACUUUGGUAUUCCGGCAAGAUCGGAUCUGGUAAAACGAUCCUCACCGCGAGCGUGAUUGACCAUAUUCUGACAACAAAGCGUGCCUCGGAUGUCUUCGUCUUAUUCUUCUUCCCGCGGUUUGACGAAAUGGAGUCCCUAAGAGCAGAAACAAUUCUCAGAUCGAUUGUACGACAAGUCCUGGAGCCGAAUGAUCUCUCGGAACAAAUUGAGACUGCUUUGGGAAGUAUGGGGCAGAGCUCUUCGACUGAGUCUGAAGAAGUCCUUGAACUCCUCCAGAUGGGAAUCGCGCCACUAAGAACAUUCUAUAUCAUUAUUGAUGGGCUGGAUGAGUGUGAAAGAAAUGACCGCCGCGAUAUCUUACAGGUUCUCUCUUCUCUAAUCUCCAGCAGCUCAAAAGUCAAGGUUUUUAUGGCUAGUCGAGAAAACAUCAAUCGCGAAAUAACGAAGACAUUCCGUGUGAUCGAGCACAUAUCAAUGGGCUGCCCGUCUGGACAGUCCGAGAUUGCAGCCUUCGUUGAGGAUACACUCCAAGAGCGGUUGGAAACAGAGGAUCUCGUUGUCGGAGAUCCAACUCUCAUCAAUGACGUAAAGCAAGCACUGAUUGAGGGUGCAGAGGGAAUGUUUCUAUGGGUCAUAUUCCAGAUUGAUGAAAUUUGUAUGCAACACUGCGAUGAUGACAUCCGAAACUGCAUCAAAGAUCUUCCAAAGGACUUGACGGACACUUUUAACCGCUGCCUUUCCCGAAUAAGUGCUCGAGGCAAAGCGAAGCUCGCGCAACAAACCUUUCCAUGGAUUGCUGCUGCGAAACGACCCUUAUGCCUGGAUGAGCUUCGCGAGGCUAUCCUUAUAGAGGUCGGGCAGCCUUAUUCGAAGCCAGACCGGUUCAUCAAUGACAUACAGUCUAUUAAUUCCUGGUGUGAAAAUCUCGUGGAGAUUGACGAAGAACAUAAAUCUUUUCAUUUCAACCUUGAAGAAGCUGACCACCAUCUUGGCGAGAUAUGUGUCACCUAUCUCAAUUUCAACGACUUCAAGACUGCCCUAGCUCGACGACAUCAACCACUACCACCCAUCACGCCUGUAAAUAUGGCUUGGUCAACCCUGCCACGUCGAUGGAGGCCGACCGCUGCCAUCCCUCUGCUUGGAAAGUCCAGCUCUCAGACUAAAUCCGAGUUUGCGACGGUGACUGCCAUAGAGACUCUCCAACUCGCAAACCCUUUCCUGAGAUACGCGUCCAUACACUGGAUUUUCCACACAAGAAAUUUCGAGAAGGAGAGUUCCAAAAUGUGGCAUACAUGGAAGCAAAUGAUAAUUCACGGGCACGCCCUCGCCGUGAGUCCAUGGGGAGCGGAACGCCACUAUGCGCUAAUCCGCCUGAUUACCACAGAGGGAACAGUCAAGCAAAGGAAAAUAACGUCAGUCUCCGUAAGAGAAGGUGACAUUACAAUGCUCAACAUCGCACUGGAAGUUGAAACCAGCUUUUACGACCUCAACGAUGUACUUGUGCAAGUCACUAAGCUUGGCUACCCGGAUCUCGUUGAGAGGCUGAUACAGGCGGGGGCUGAGGUAAAUCAUUUGAUUCGACCACAUACCCGCACCGCACUGGAGGUAGCUGCUGAUGCUGGCUACCUGGAUAUUGUUGAGAUCCUGCUGCAGGCUGGAGCUGAUGCAGGAGCUCAUGUAAACCCUGGAGAGGGACAGAGCCCACUGCAAGCAGCUGCUGGAUGUGGCCACCUGGAUAUUGUUGAGGUGGGAGCUGAUCCAAAUCCUGGAAAUAGACGGAGCCCGCUACAAGCAGCUGCUGGAUGUGGCCACCUGGAUGUCGUUGACAGGCUGUUACUGGCAGGAGCUGAGGUUAAUCUUGCUACUGAUGAACAGGAAGGACUAAGUGCACUUGAAGUAGCUAGUGCAGGCGGUCACAUGGAUAUUGUUGAGAGACUGAUCGCGGCGGGAGCUUCCAGGCGCGAAAAGCCUGUCACUAACACUAAAAAAUCUCAAGUUGAUUGGCGAAGGUAG